AUGUGGUUAGUCAGUGAGCGUCGGGGCCGAGCCGACGGCGACGGCGACGGCACGGAGCACGAUCACCGUAGCGCGGGAGAGCCGCGCUGGUCGCUCAGCCAGCGCGCCGGCCACAGCACGGUGGAGUUCAAGAGCGCGGCGUGCGCGGGGGCCUCCGAGCCGCCCGCGCCGCCUCUCACCGCGCUGCCGGACCCGCAGCAGUUCAACAUAUUCCCGGCCUUCUUCAGCCGCCAGCUCAACUUCAGCGGCGGCGGCGGCUGCGGCCAGGGCUCCAAGAUAAUGGAGGAGCUGCGACCGAACCUGGUGGGCGGGCUGCUGGGGGUGCCGGGGCUGCUGGACGAGCACCAGCCGGACGCGAAGUUCCUGCCGGCGGGAGGCGAGAGCAAGUACACGCCGGACAAGGGGCGCAAGUGCAGCAACGCGUCCUCGUCGUCGGCGGAGGAGUUCGGCGGGCUGUACGGCGCGGAGCACGCUGCCACGCCGCCCGCGCCGCCGCUCAGCCGCUCCUUACAGGAUAACACAGCGGAAGGUGCAUUCAAGAAAUUAAAGCCGGAGCCAGGCGGGGCGGGUGGGGCAUCAGGUGCCUCCGCGCUGUCACCAGCCCUGGGCCCCCAGCAUGCGGGACACACGCCCACCACGGCGUCCUGUCCCACCCCGGCACGUCGGCGGCAUAGGACUACUUUCACGCAGGAACAAUUAGCAGAAUUAGAAGCGGCAUUCGCGAAAUCACAUUACCCCGACAUUUACUGUAGAGAAGAGCUGGCGCGGACCACCAAACUCAACGAGGCGAGGAUACAGGUGUGGUUUCAAAACCGGCGCGCAAAAUAUCGCAAGCAAGAGAAACAGCUACAGAAAGCGUUGGCGCCAGCCGUGCUGCCUGGCUGCAAUGGAAUGAUGAGGAACAUCCAGGGGUACAGGGGCUACCAGCCGUACCCACACCCGAACACCAUCAACCGAUACCCGCAGGUGAGUUUCUAUACACAGCAUCACGGCAGCUACGAGGAGCUGCAGAAGGACAUAUUCUCGCUGUCACAGAUGGGCGGCGGCUCGUACCCCAUGCCUCAAGGCUUUUCCAUGGGGCACGGCGCCAAUAUGAGCGCCGUCGGCAUGCGACAGGAUACCAUGGGUAUGAGCGCCGAGGACGAAUGGUACAACAAAUCGCUGUCCGCUCUACGAAUGAACAGCGGCCACCACGCGAACCUAGCUGCCGCGCCGAUGCUUCAAUACCAGACCUAAUCGCUGCUGCACGGCGCCGAUUACUCGCCGGCGCCGGCGCACGACUACGCGCCGCCGUAGUCAGCGCGACAUGGAUCGCGAACUGUGGAAACGUUCGUACCUACGUGGUUUAUCUCCAAAUGUACAUUCGUUCAGUAGCUGUUUCAUUGCCUACUUAUGUUCUCAGUAGUUGUUUGGUGGUGUUUACAUUCGUACCAGCGAGUAUGUACGAAUGCGGAAUGUCGGGUUUGAUUGAAGGAAAUGAAGUGGUGAAAUUGGUAAUUUAUUAAUUCAUCUGUCAUGUAACACAUCAGUAGUUUUGUUGUUUGUAAAUAUUAAAAUUACAUUAAACUAUUCGUCCUCAAGAAAUUCAAAAUCCGCUGUCAGAAAUCACAGUAUAUUGGAAUUCAUCCACUUUGGACGGUGUUAUGCGACUCCUGGAAUUUCAUAUUCAAGAUUCCUGACAUACAAUUCAGAUUUAACAAGAUAAAUAUUUUUCAAUUUUGAAUAACUACUAAAUAGUACUGUCCAAGAUACUUCAAAAAUACCACUUAUAACGCGUCAGUUUCCACAGAAGAAGAAGCAAAAAAAAACAUUAUUUUCUAAUAUAAUUUGAAGUUUGGAGAAUGUCACAAGUUGGUGCGCAAACAAAAAGUUCUAUCGAAUAACUCUCACGCGUGAAUACGUGUUUAGAAUAUAAAUAGGUACAAAUAGUGUUUUAAUUUAUUUAGGCCUGUAUUAGUAAAACAAUUAUAAUCAUUAAACUGAUAUUAAUAAACCCCAAACGGAUAAUUACAGCAAAUUGCAUCACUAGACUACCGUGGGUAUAGAGGUGCAUUUCUAUGAUAAGCUGCAGACGUGUGCGGCCGACUCUAGAUUCGGAAACUUACCUUUAACGUAAUGCUUGACAACUUGCAAAGAAAGCACGUCACAGAAAAAAGUGAUCAAUAUUUAUGAGCCAAACUAUUUCUACAUUAUGAAGAAAUGUGAAAUGAAGAUUUAAUAAAUGAUUUAAUAAAACAGGUCUUAAAAACGUUUGUUUCACGAUAUACGUAAAUUGUGUAUGCUAGUCAUUAUUGUACAGACAUUUUAAAUCGAAUAAGCUAAUUAACGUAUUUUCAUGAUUGUCGUAUUGAUUGAGAUAUAUAAACCUUUGACUUUGAUGGCUCUAAAACAGAACUUAAUUACUUAGCACAGUAAAAAAAAUCUGAAAUAAUAAACAUCAAUGGUUUCCUAAUUCUUACCAUUUCUUCAAUUCUAAAUUCGUUCGUUUUCUUCUUAAAUUAAGAUUUGAUUAGAAACUCUUCUAAUCGAAUAACAAAACUAUAGUUUUUUAUCGCUUUUAUAUUUAUCAUAGUGUAGGAAUGUAUGCAGAGCUAUCAAGGAACAAAGUGUUACUAAACAUUGCAAUACAGCCUAUGUAAAUAUAAAUUGGUUUUUGCAUGAUCAUUUCUAAGGUGUUAACAGCUCAACGAUAUUGUAAUGUUAACUAGAUAUUGUUUAGUCAAACUAUAAUAAGAGGCCAUUUUCAUUACAUUUUUAACAGAUUAUAAGAGCCUUUUCACAUAACACUGACGUCGCGGCGGCGAUACGCGCGCCCUUUAUCAUAAUGUAUGUGCUCUCUAUCCAUAACGCGUUAGAUAUCCCGCCGCGACGCACCAAUAUCGCUAGUCUGAAAAGGCUCUAAAACCAAAGAUUGCUAGUCAAACUUAUACACAUUUAUCAAAACCCUUUGAUCUCAUAGAACUACCUAAUUAUAAGAAUAAAAUGAAAAAAUAUUAUAAUUGUUUCGGCUUUUGUACAAAACAAAAUCAUAUCAAUUAAGACUGUUUCGACGAUUUCCAUUCACAGUCAGUGGCCAUAUUGUGCAUUUUAAUGUAAAUAUAAUAUGUAAGGAAACUUGUCUAAUAAUGAACAUGUGUAAAAUGA